AACACCGACAACAGGGGCAGCGUUCUCACCCAGAUCACUGACAGGAGGUGACCGGCACAGCACCAUGAUCGGCGGAGAGACGCGCCCUGAGCCAUGCUGAACCUCUGCCGGACCCUGCUGCUGGCUCUGACCGCCGUGCUGGGACCGCUCCCGCGAUGCCAGGGAUGGAGCGACGAGGACCUGCUCCUGCCGCCCAUCAACUCCUCCAACAGGUUCCUGGCCAACCUGGAGGUGGACGUGCGCUUCAGCAAGAGGUCCGUGGACGAGAGCGACGCCUCGCUCCAGCCUCUGUCCCAGUGCAACGUCAGCGUCCAGAGGCUGCUGCCCACGUCGCUGGUGGCGCGCUGGGACAGCAGCUUCGGCUUCCAGUGUGACGUCCUCAUAUACACCACCAACAACCACGGCAGGGCCUUCUUCUCCGCCUCGUUCAACAGAGCCAUCUCCCCGGUGGUGAUCGAGCACCUGGGCAUCACCGGGGGUCAACAGGAGCUCCGGCUCUGCGUGGGCUGUGGGAUGUCCCGCUACCGCCGCUUCAACCAGGCGAGACUGAAGGGCCACAGCAGCGGGGACCAGGUCUCCUUCUGCUGCGUGGAUUUCAGCUUGGACGAGCUGAAGGGGGACAAAAGUUGGAGGCUGAACAGGAAACCCAUCGAGUCCACACUUGUGGCUUGUUUCAUGACCCUGGUCAUCAUCGUGUGGAGCGUGGCUGCCCUCAUCUGGCCAGUCCCCAUCAUUGCAGGCUUUUUGCCCAACGGCAUGGAGCAGAGGAGACCCAGAUAGUUAAUCCCUUUAUGGAGCCACUCAGUGACCCUGUGCUGCCUAAAAGAUUACUGUAGCCAUCUCACUGUCGAAUGAUGUCGGAACUCUGGAAGACUUUUUGAACAAAUGCUUUUAUUCUCUUAAAUAGACCUGAAUAGGACAACAAGGUAACGUACGGUAGUUUAUGGUAAUAUUGGGACCAAUACCAACGUGUUUUCUAUAUCCUUCAUAUAACCAAGUUCAUGUUAACUGUGCACAACUAUAACUUUUAUCAGUAUUUUAGACUUUUUACCUUUCAGGAGAGAUUUACUGCCUUAUAAAAUGUGACUUUUGCACUGAAAUCCAGACUUUUGCGUGUCGUUAGUUGCAUAGUGUACAAAGUAUCCCGACUGAGUGUCAAAUAAGCUACAUUCUCCAUAACAUUUGUUGUUCACGAUGAAAGGUUUUAAUAGCUAUUGGAUAAUGUUAGAUUUAUAAGGUCGAUAUGGAGUCCCUGCUUAUUUGUAUCGUCUGUAUAAAUGACAAUAAAAUUCAA